AUGGGAGAAUGGGACCUACUGGGGCGACUCCUGGAAAAAGUGCAAAGUCACUCCACAGUGAUCGGAAAGGUCUGGCUCACCGUUCUGUUUGUUUUCCGGAUCAUGGUCCUGCAAACCGGCGCUGAAAAGGUAUGGGGGGAUGAACAGUCUGACUUCAUCUGUAACACUCAGCAGCCGGGCUGUGAGAACGUCUGCUACGACCUCGCCUUCCCCAUCUCUCACGUCCGCUUCUGGGUUCUUCAGGUCAUCGCCUUGGCAACGCCACAGCUGCUGUACCUCGGCCAUGUCCUUCAUGUGAUUCAUGUGGAGAAGAAGGUCAAGGAAAAGAUGCGAAACCAGGCACAACUGGACGACAAAGCAAGUCUGUUUCUAAGGAGGACCUUCAAGGUUCCUAAGUACACAAAAAGCAGCGGAAAAGUCAGCAUCCACGGUCGCCUCCUUCGUAGUUAUGUCCUGCAUCUCAUAGCCAAGAUUGUUCUGGAAGCCUUGUUCAUUGUGGGUCAGUACUUCCUGUACGGUUUCACCUUGGAGGCCCGGUACGUGUGCUCCCGCUUCCCUUGCCCUCACAAGGUGGACUGCUUCCUGUCCAGACCCACAGAGAAAUCCAUCAUCAUCUGGUUUAUGCUGGUGGCGGCUGUCGUCUCACUCACCCUCAGCAUUGCUGAGCUAUUCUACCUGUGCGUGAGGGCGGUGAAGGAAUGUGCAGCCAGGAGGCAGGACUACACCGUGACCCCGGUGACACCCCCGAGGUCAGAGAACAAACCAACUCAGAAGCAGGGUGAGGUGAUUCAGAAUUUUGUAAACCUGGAUAUGGAGCUGCAGGGUAGAAAGUCAGGGAUGAACGGGGUGGGUGAAAGAGCUGUAGAUGUGACCAGCGGGAACAUUAUUGGGGAGAUCCACAUCUGAAGCAUGAAUCGGGUCAGGUCGAGUGGGUGUGCACCGCUGUGAGCCGAAGCAUUGGUUUGCAUGGCAGAGAGACGAGCCUUUAGGAGGUAAAUAAAGAGGGAGGGGGGCAGCAGCUUCAGUA